GCUGGCGGAGGCGGAAUGUUUGGUGACGUCAAUAUAUCCGCCAUUCUGGAUUCAUUUAGUAUUAGCUACGACAAAAGAGUAAGACCAAACUAUGGAGGACCACCCGUGGAAGUGGGGGUUACCAUGUACGUGCUCUCCAUCAGCUCUCUGUCUGAAGUGAAAAUGGAUUUCACGCUGGAUUUUUACUUCAGACAGUUUUGGACUGAUCCACGAUUGGCGUACAAAAAAAGACCUGGGGUUGAGACUUUAUCGGUUGGUUCUGAAUUUAUAAAGAACAUAUGGGUGCCUGAUACCUUUUUCGUAAAUGAAAAACAAUCGUAUUUUCACAUCGCAACAACUAGCAACGAAUUUAUUCGUAUUCAUUAUUCCGGCUCUAUCACUAGAAGUAUCAGAUUAACUAUUACCGCAUCGUGCCCUAUGAACCUACAAUAUUUUCCUAUGGAUCGACAACUUUGUCACAUUGAAAUCGAGAGUUUCGGCUACACCAUGCGGGACAUCCGAUACAAAUGGAACGAGGGCCCUAAUUCUGUCGGUGUUUCGAGUGAGGUGUCGCUACCACAGUUCAAGGUGCUGGGCCAUCGUCAGCGAGCAAUGGAGAUCUCACUCACAACAGGAAAUUAUUCGAGGCUGGCAUGUGAAAUACAGUUUGUCCGUUCUAUGGGAUACUAUUUAAUCCAAAUAUAUAUUCCGUCUGGUUUGAUUGUAAUUAUAUCCUGGGUAUCGUUCUGGUUAAAUCGGAAUGCAACGCCAGCUCGAGUUGCUUUGGGUGUAACCACUGUCUUGACAAUGACUACGCUUAUGUCUUCAACAAACGCUGCCUUACCUAAAAUCUCUUACGUGAAAUCGAUCGACGUUUACCUUGGCACGUGUUUCGUGAUGGUUUUCGCCAGUUUACUGGAAUAUGCAACGGUUGGAUAUAUGGCAAAAAGGAUCCAGAUGAGAAAGCAACGAUUUGUAGCUAUACAAAAAAUAGCUUCGGAGAACAAAAAGAUGCCCGUUGACUGUGCUCCAGUUGGAGAUCCGCAUACGCUUUCUAAAAUGGGGACUUUAUCAAGAUGCCCUCCAGGCAGGCCUUCAGAAGUUCGUUUCAAAGUCCAUGAUCCUAAGGCACAUUCAAAGGGUGGGACACUGGAGAAUACUGUAAAUGGUAGUGGCAGAGGUACAGAUGAUGAAAACUCAGGGCCCCCUUCUCACUUAAUUCACCCGGGAAAGGAUAUAAGCAAGCUUUUGGGUAUGACGCCGUCGGAUAUCGACAAGUAUUCACGAAUAGUUUUUCCCGUUUGCUUCGUCUGUUUUAAUCUCAUGUAUUGGAUCAUAUACCUUCAUGUGUCCGACGUCGUGGCUGAUGAUUUGGUUCUACUGGAAGAGGAUAAAUAGAGGGUGUUUACUAAAAUCCACUUAUUUCACCAUGCAUUUAAGCAUUGUAAUAAUUUGAAAUUAUCACAAUGUACAUAGAAUGAUAUACAACUAAAAUUAU